AUGACGAUCGCCAACACUGGUAAUCUUGCACUGAAGCACUUUCUCCUCGAUGCCUCGAUUGACCUCGACCAGCUCGUCCUUAAUUACCUGAUCUCCGAAGGUCACCAGGAGGUGGCGGAGCUCUUCUGCCGGGAGGUGGGCCUGCAGCUCAACAUCGAUCUGUCGUACCUCUCCCAGCAGAAGCGCAUCUCGGAGGCCAUCCUCCGGGGGGACAUCGCCGCGGCCUUUGCCCUCAUUGGGGACAUGAAGAUGGACCUCUUUUCCCGGUGUCCGCGAUUGCUCUUCCAGCUGCAGUUGCAGCAGCUGGUGGAGCUCAUCCGGGCCGGGCACACGGUGGCCGCGCUGCGCUUUGCCGAGGUGGACCUGGCCCCGCGGGCAUGCAGCAAUUCCCACUUCCUGGCGGACUUGGAGCAGGUCUUGUUGCUUCUGAUCUUCGACAAUCCGGCCGACUCGCCCUCCAGUCACUAUUUGGAUUUGGCCCGGCGCCAGGGGCUGGUGGAGCUCCUCCGGGAUUCGGUCCAGUCGCUGACCCUCGGGCCGCGCCUGUCCCAGCUGCCGGUCCUGAUCCGGUACAUGUUCCUGGCGCAGGAUGUCCUGGCUGCCGGGGGCUUGAAGUUCCCCUCCUAUCUGGACCUCAUCGAUGACAGCUUCUCCUGUCAGUUCUUCUCCUUCCCCCACGAAGUUGCUGGCGGGGCCGGCGGCGGCGGCGGGGUGGCUGGCGUUGCCGCAUUUCCCCCCUCCUCAUCCGGCGGGCCGUCGCGCUCCCCGCGGCAGCUGGCCGCCACCAUGCACCCCUCCCGGCAUGCGGCCUCGCCACCGGCCGGCACGAGUGGCCCCGCUGCCGCCGCCAUGGUGGGCGGUGGUGUCCCCGGCGGCACCCCCGGCGCGGCCUACCUCCCCAGUUCCGGGGCUGGUGGCGGCCUCCCCUGA